GAGUCAGAUAAGUUGAGAAUGCUGUCACCUCAGGAGCAUUUAGAGGGCAUUCAUCAGCAGUUUAUAGCAUCCCAACAAAGGAAAUGGGGUCGAGGAGCGACAAUGUCAAAGAUAGCGAAGGAUGCACCCAGAACACCUAAAGACACACAAGGUGGAAUUAGGAGGAUGACAAAGAGAAGACGUCCAAAGCACAAGCCCUUGAAGAAGUCCCCUCCAAUCCUCAACAGUCUCAAGAAACGUUCGCCAAUCAUCCACCUGCCUCCAGCCCUCCACACCCCUUCCCGACCCCAGAAGCGCAUCAAGCUUGCCUCUACCGAGCCCCACCAGGACCAAGUCGUGCCCCUGUCGUCUAUCCUGCACCCCAACUUAACGAUUCCCUACCCAUCAAGCAGGGGGGCAGGAUCGGGGCGCAGCAGGGUGGGGACACAGAUGGUUCCUGAUAGUCCCCGUGGCCAACAGGAGGAUAUUCAACAGGAGAAUAUGUAUACUGAUGAGAAUGACGCUCCAGCCAGUCCAGUGAUUGAUGUCUGUAAGACACCCUGCAAAGCUAGAUCCUUGAAGGGAUCAUCAGUCAUAUCAACACCAAUGAAAACAUACCAGAUCAUCGGUACUUCCAUCACACCCGUCAAGAUUGCUUACAAUGUAGACUCCCAAGGUGAUAGGGAAGAGAUUCCUGGACCUGAAGACCGAGCAGCUAGUCUAGACCUAGUUUGUGAUGAGGAACCAACCUCUUGGCCUGAAGAUGAUAGCUCUAGCUCCAGUGGAUCCAUUCCAGAGUUGCACAUUAGCCAGCCCUGGUUCUCCACCCCAGUCCACCCUCCUAUUCUCCCCAAAUGCAACCUUCCUCUUGACCUCUCGGCCAAGCACAAGCAGUAUCUACCAUCGGGUCCUCCUGUCCUCGAGCCUAUGUGGGAUCAGACCAAAGCCAUGGGCAGGAAGGAACCCUCCAGAGAAAACAUCCUCAAGGAAAGUGGACAUGGAGCAUCUGUCAAAACAACACCUCGUAAGAAGUACCAAAAGAGAGCCACGGCAGCCAGAGUACGUGCAUGGGAUGCUUCUUCUGGGCGUGUACUCAGUCCAGUCCAGCCGUACAGCGGAGUCUUCAAGGCUCUUCAGCAACGGAAGGCUGAGCUCGCUAGCGUGUCCAAGUCCCCUGACGUUGUUGCCAUAAGCCCCAGUGAAUACCAUGGACACCCUCAGCAGCCUGGCUCAGGGUUUGACACACCAGAAUGUUUCAUGAGUUCAUCCCUCAGGUAUCAGCUGGUGGAACGACUGAAUUCCGAUAUCGUCUAUGUCACUGACUUCACCCAAGAAUCGGACGAAGAGGUCAUUGAUCUGUUGGGGCUGGACAGUACAGAUCAUGAUGCACGCCAAUCAGACAGUGUGGUACCAACACCAAGCCUAGAUCGCAACCCGUUGGAAGACUCCAGUCCAACCUGCCUCCGAGAUGUGAGCAUCCCACCCCCUACAGGCACCAUCUCACCCCCGUCCCUUGCCCGACAUAGCAGCAUGGGAUACGAUGAAUCACCUGAACUCUUCAAGGGAUUCAGAUCGCUCUGGCUGAAAGAUACAAAGACAGAGAGCUGCAUUGUUGUGGACCCUGGACCUGAUAUCGAGACAUACCAACCCAAUGAGGAUAGUUUCUCAGGCUACACUCGCCAGAUGAGACGUGACCUGGAAAAUACCGAACUGAUGGAGCAAGAGGAAGAUCUCUUUGAAGCUGACCUGGGUGACAUGCGGCACCUGGACCCCGCUCUCCAGCUCCCGUCAUCGUCCCUUGACAGCCAAGACUACAUCGUCCUCCUUCGCAGGGAUGAGAUUGACGAACUGGACAGUAUCAGUGUGGUCAGUGACACCGAGGACAACCGGGCUAGUCCUCGCUUCAAGAAGAAGUCUGUGAAACCUGCAGAGGUAGCGGCCGACGGGUUGAUCACUCCAGCUUUGGCAUCUUUUGCGACCUCGGCACUCAGCAUGAAACACACAAGGCCUACGAACCUGAGGCCGCAGAGGAAGAGGAGGAAAAACAUACGACUCAAUCUGCCAAAAGCUCCAAGGAAUUCUGGUGAAGAUGAGGAUGACCUUAACAUUUGGAAGUUCACGCAGGCCGCACUGAAUGAGAAAGACGUCUUGGGAUUUCUUCCUACUGACACCUCUUAUGCGUUUAUUACAAACAACUACUAG